CACUUUAUUUAAAUCCCAAACCAAAGAAAAGCCAACCCAAUAUUGCCUCUCCUACUUCCUCACCUCCUCUCUCACUUCAGACCAAAACCGUCCAAAAUGUUCAGCGCCAACCAUCAGCUUCCCCAGAAGUCUCUCCCAAUGAAACAAGAGGAUGACAAGUUCUUCUCUAGGGUUCUGUCCAAGGAAAGCUCCAUGGCCAACCCAUCUUUCAAGGUCUACUAUGGAGGACUACCUGCUAAUGUACCAUUCAUGUGGGAAUCUCAGCCUGGCACUCCUAAACACAAAUUCAGUGAAGAAACACUUCCUCCUCUUACUCCUCCACCUUCUUAUUAUUCCAACAAUCCCAAUAAAAAACCAUUCAAGAAGCACUCAAGAUCCAAUCUUUUACGUGUUUUGUUCCUAAAGAUAAGCCUCAAGAAAAACCAUCUCCCACAAUCUCCAUCAUCCACAUCGUCUUCCUCGUCUUCGUUGUUUUCCAAGUCAGAUUUGUCAAUCCGCGUGCCUAUGAAUACCUGUGGGAGCAGGUUUUCAAGCCCGAGUUCGUCUUUUGAUUUUAGCGGAGAUUAUGAAGAGGAGGGCGUAGUUGGCUCGCCUACUUCAACAUUGUGCUUUGGAUUUCGUAGGGUGACUAGUGGAGCCGACCGAAAUUGUCACCGGUUUUGACUAGUGACUGGGAUUUCGUUGCUGUUAAUAUUUUGGCCAUGGAUCUGAUGGCCAAGGUACCUCUUCGAGAGUUCAUGCUUUGUAUGGAUCUUGCUUAUGUUUUUGUUUAUUCGAUCAUCGGAUCAUGUGUAGAAUGUAUUAUCUUAGUGACCUCUACUGCCUAAUUUUCUUAUACAGAUAUAUGGUAAUUGGAUUUUUAGAUGUAUCUAAUUAAACCAUGUAAUUCAGUACUAGCUAGUCCUUUUCCUUCUC